GCCGGCAGCGCACACCGGCCGCCGGCGGCGGGGCUGGCCGGGGCGGCGGGGGCUAUUGUGUGCACCAGACACGCACACACACACACACACGCACACUCACACACACCCGCGGCUCGGAGGGAAAGUAUCGCGAGAGCGGCCGGCUAACAACCUGCUCCACAACACCGCCGCGCCGCCGGCCCCGCGCCGCGCCCGCGGAGCGCCGCGCACCGCCGCGCACAUGCGGACGCCCAGCCCCGCCGCCGCACGCCGGUUAUGAAGGAAGAAUGGAGUUUCCAGACCAUAGCCGCCAGUUGCUGCAGUGUCUGAGUCAGCAGCGUCACCAGGGCUUCCUGUGUGACUGUACUGUUUUAGUUGGAGAAGCUCAAUUCAGAGCUCACAGAGCCGUUCUUGCCUCUUGCAGUAUGUACUUCCAUCUUUUCUACAGGGACCAGUUAGACAAAAGGGAUAUUGUGCAUCUGAACAGUGACAUUGUCACAGCCCCUGCCUUCAGCCUGCUGCUCGAAUUCAUGUACGAGGGAAAGCUGGAAUUCAACAGUCUCCCGGUCGAAGAUGUGCUGGCUGCGGCUAGCUACCUUCACAUGUAUGACAUUGUGAAAGUCUGCAAGGGCAAGUUGAAAGAUAAAGAAUUAUGUUCGGAAGAGAAGAUUAAUGAUGAGAUGGCUAGUUUGGAGAAAGCGGAGCAUUUUCUAGAUGCUGGAUUGCCCCUGGUCCACGAGUUUGACCCAGGAAACAAACAAAAAUUCAGCGUUGCAGAAUACGAGAGAGCAGCAGGCAAAGAAAAGGUCAGCAGUCACCCCGCCUGGUCCUCUGAUCAUAUAAGUGUCAGCUCUGUGCCGACAGAGGCAGAACCGUGCGCCGCAGCAGCUGGAAAAACAAAGGCUAAUGUCAAUAGUUCCACAGGACCUUUGUCCCAAAGGUCUGUUAACCAUCCCCUGGCUUCGAGUGAUGUGGACUGCGCGCUGGAUUUGUCUUUCAAGCCUGUGCCGGGGAGAGAUUCCUUACACCCCUCCUAUGUCUUUGGACAGCUGGCUUCCGACAGCCAGCAGCAGGGUACCGAGCCACUUGUUAAAGAUGAACAAGACUUGCUGUCAGAUCAGGAGGACGGCGAAGCCAGGAGUCCGGAGAGUCAGCAUUUUGGGAAUUCAGCCAAAAGCCUAGUGACAGGGUUAGGACACAUGUUCGCGGGGAAUGGCAGCUCUCAUGCCCGAGAGGAGGAUAUAGAUCAAGAGCGAGACGAGAGCGAGGACGACAUGGAUUCGUCAGACAUCUCCUCGGGCGUCCUCGUGCCUCCCGGGCAUAUCUGCAUUUGCCCCCUGUGUAGCAAGGUGUUUCCGAGCCCGCACAUCCUUCAGCUGCACCUGAGCUCUCACUUCCGCGACAAGGACGGCUCCCGGACCCGCCUGUCCCCCGACGGGUCCGUCCCCACUUGUACCCUCUGCGGAAAGACUUUCUCUUGCAUGUACACGUUAAAGAGGCACGAGAGGACUCACUCGGGGGAGAAGCCUUACACCUGCGGCCAGUGCGGAAAGAGCUUCCAGUAUUCCCACAACCUCAGCCGCCACGCAGUGGUGCACACCAGGGAGAAACCCCACGGGUGCAAGUGGUGCGAGAGACGGUUCACGCAGUCUGGGGAUUUGUACAGACAUAUCCGCAAAUUUCAUUGUGGCCUUGUGAAGUCCUUGGUUGUUUGAGAUGCGUGAUUUUUUUUUUUUUAAUUUCUUUCUCCUCCCCCACCCUUUAAAAACAAAACAGGAAAAAAAGGCAGCAUCUAAAUUUUAAUUUCCAUCCCCCUCUCUUUAUUUUAUUUUGGUGAUAUUCACUUCAGGUAUAUGAUCUUCAAAAGAUGCAGAGGUUAUACACUCCAGAGGCCUUUUGAUGCAGUUCCCUCCACUUCUCCAUCUCCCCCCUUCCCAACCCUGUCCUUUAGGUCUUCUCUUGUGCACCCAUGUUACAUUAUUAAUGUGAAAUGAUCUAAGUAAUUCUGCAAUGAUUUAGUGUCUGUUUUCAUGCUGGAAGUACUUGCUUCGUGGUUGGGGUGGGUUUUUAUUGGGGUAGGGUUGGGGUUUUUUUUUGUUUCAAAAAAGAUUAUCAGCAAAUUCCGGAGAAAAAUUUGGAUUCCAUUAAGCUCCCCUAAUGCUCUCUGCGUGUUGCAUAGAAGCAUCUGAAGAGACGAGCUAUGAUUUAAAUACAUUUCAGUGUAGAGAAACUUGUCUGCAUAUCACAGGGUAAGCGACCGUACUCUUUAUUUUAUAGAGCUAGACGAGACCAUAUACUGGCCCCAGUUGCAAAGGGGGUUGAGGAUUCCUGGCUGCGUCUUUGCUACUGGUCUUUUUUUUAAUUCUUUUUAUUAUAUUAGAGUAGUUCUGCAGUCAGUCCUAAAAUCUGAAUGAGAAGUUUUUGCCUCGGGAUUUGACUUAAAUUUUCCCUUCCCACUCAUCCUCUUCAUCUGUGAGCUGACCUACUGAAAAGCUGCUUUUGAGCAUAAAACGUGGAUGGAAAAACUCUUUCUGUCUGCAGCAUAUUCACUCCCAAAAUAUUGAAGGAUGCGAAAUAGGAUGUGUGAAAAAUCAUAUGAUACGUGAAUAACUUCAUUCCCAUAUCGACACCCAGGGGCUGAUCCUGCCCCUCCUCGGGGCGGGACAGCAUCCCUAGAGCAGCUCCUGGGGUGUUCAAGAUAACUAAUACCUGUGUGUUAGGAGAUGCUCUGCUAUCUUGCCUGAAAAGUUUGCUGCUAUGCUAAAAUCAGCAGCUCAGAAUUUUAUUUUAAUUUUUAUGAAGUUGGUGAUUCCCUCCGGGCUGAAUUCUGUGCAAUCGCUGGUAUUUUGAAGGGGCAGUAUGAAGAUGAGCCGCUGGAGGGGAAACAUGGCCCAAGUUUUUUCCCUGUGUCCCACCUUUUCAGGGGGGGUUUUGUGGGUAUUUUUAGGUGGGGUUUUUUUUUAGUUAGUUUGUAUACUGAGGCUGCCUGUAACUAUAACUGGUUUUACUCCAAAUAACUCAAUUACUUGCCUAAUAGAGCAUCCUUUGGUCUGUGCAUGUCAGUAAAUAUCAGAUUAUUCCCUUCCAGUCAAAUUACCCAUUCAAGGUACAUGUACAUGGGACUGAAAUAUAAUAAUAAUAUCUGAGGGUUUUGAAUGUCGUUCUGCUGCAUUAGUGUUGCUUCACCAGCUUUCCUGACACUCCUGGAGUUGUUUUGUGAAACUUAAGUGUUUAUUUUUAAAUUAAUUUGAAGCACUGAGUUAGAUUGUUUUUAAAAGUUGUGCUUAAAAUACUGUAUUUCAUCUUAUGAAGAAAAAAUUUCCCAAUGCCUUCCCCUCUCUGGUCUAAAAACUGAGCACUACCUACAUAAAUAAUAUGGGAUUGAUUUUUUUAUUUUUUUUUUUUAGUGUAAGUACUUCCUCUUUUAAAGAAAAUCAGGAUCUACCUGUUACAGCCUCCUUUUGUUAUUCAUCUCUUAAACUAUGAAUGUACAUGUAAUGUGAAAUUUUUCUUCUAUUUAUAGUUUUGGGGUUUUUUUGUUUUCAGUCUAGUUUCUUGACUGUAAAAUAUUUUUUCUGAACCUGUUACAUAUGAAAGUUGUGGGAGAGUACUGUAUCUUGAGCAUAAGUGGCUUUGGUACUGUGGUCUUAUUCUACUUAAUCAGUUUUUUCUUCCUUUUUUUUUCCUUUUUGCUGUGAUUGGAAAUAGCACUGAACAAAAUUACUAAAAUUAAGUUAUUUUUCUUUCUACUAAAAUUAAGUUAUUUUUUUUCUCCUGAAGAUACUUGAUAUAGUAUUUAUUAGCUUUUUUUUUGAAGUGGAAUUAUUACUGUUAAUCUAUUUCAAAACUAGUUAAUUUACACUUCACUUUAAAUUUUAUAACAGCGGGGUUUGCAUGUUGAACAACAUGUAAAGAGUUUAAUGUAGAGUCAGCAUUACUGAAGCUGGUAAUCUUAAUUUUGCUUUCUUGUGACACUUCUGCAUUUCAGUCUUCAGUUACUGUUUCUUUUUUUUCUAUUUGGAGAUCAUAAUAUAGGAUGUGCCAUAAGAAUGUCAUUAGCGUAUGGAGCAGGGAAAAGUUGAAACAAGUUUGUGUCUGAUCUUAGUAUAGAGAUAAUUCAUUAAACUGAUGCUAUGAGCAUGCUCUGUACUGCAGUGAAUAUGGGGCAGAAGUUUUUAAAAAAAAAAAAAAAAAGGAAAAAAUUCUCAUUCUUUGCUACAUCAUGAACACGUUGUUCUCAUAGUCUGGUAUUUGUGUUCCCACUCCUCAUAGCUUGAAUUUCUAAAGUAAAAAGAAUGUUUGCACUUAUUUUUGUUCUUAAGGUGACUUUUUUUGGCUAUCUCUCUGUGUGUCUCUCUUAUUUUUAAGUUGCAAUAGCUCGGAGCAUGUUUUCAAAAUGGUUCAUGGCUCUACAGAGAAGUACUAAAAACAUUGCACACUUAACGUUUGUCUCUUCAUAAACUAUUUCACUGUGGGGCAGUUACGGUCUCUGUACAGGACAGUCCUGCUCCGCAUUUUAAACACUGGAUUUGUCUUCUACUACAAACAAAUACUGUGAAGUUAAUGUAAAAAAAAAAAAUCAUUGAUAUUUUUAAUUGUUUUUAAUCUUGGUGCAGUUCAGAUUAAAUAUGUAUAUUUAAAGACACUAAUUUUUGUGGGAGAGUUUUAUAGUAUACGGUAUGUAGAAAAGCUAUUGGAAUGGAAUAUAUUUUAUAAAAACGUUCUAUCACUGUUUUAUAGUGAACUAUUUUUUCUUCAGUGUUAGUGUAAUACUGUUAGUCUAGAUACGACAAUCGCAGGAAGAGUGAUUCAAGCUACUGUUAGCGCUUAGUUUUGCGUGGAGUUCUGUUUGCAACUGUAUUGGUAUGUGCUGUACAAUGUGACAAUCGUGACUAGGAUUGUUGUCUUUAUAAAUUUACACAAAAUAAAAUGUGCUAGAGUUGUAAGCUUGA